GACAUUGUGGAAUUAGGAAGCGGCAACAGGAGUUAGUAUUUUAUUUUCACUCAGGCUUUCAUUUGUGGUCGCAAUGUUUUGAAGUUAGUUUAGCUAUGUUUACUCAAAUAUAGGUCUCAGUGAAAAUAGCAUUGCUAAAAGAAUUACUUGCAACCACGAGGAGAGUAAUUUCAGGCUUCCAAUAUAAAAUCAAUCUACAAUGGAAGCCUUCAAGCUGCUGGUCAUGUGCAUUGGAUUCGUCACGACAGUCGAUAUUUCUGUUAGAGUUCAAUUCAGAGGCAGUGCAAUGAUGAAGCCGUACCGACAGGAGGAAACGAUCACGGCAAAGAAUGAGAAAGAGUUGAGAGAAAAAUUGGCUGAAAAGCUGGAAAACGCGUUACUGGACAAACAGAUCGAUGAGGUUACCAUAACAACCGAAGUUUCCCAUGGCAACGAGGUUUAUUCAACCCAAGUCGCCAAGUUUGACGCAACAACUCCAAAUGAUCUGGAUGGCACGACUUUCGUUGCCACUACUAAAGGUGAUGACAUCACGAAAGCCGUUACGUCAUCUAGCUACCGCGCAGAGAAAGAUCUUGACGUCACAACAACGACUGUGAUUGAAAACGUGUUCACAACUCGAUCAAUCACUUCUAUUGCUUCCACUAGAUCGUUCCAGGAGUCGACUACGACCACAGACUGUGGCGUGGUUAACAAUUCAAAAUGUUUUCGAGCGAUUGUUUAUAGCACAUGGAACGUCACAUCAAGCGUCGCUGAAUCUCUUUGCGAAAACAAACUGGCUAACAUUUAUGACGUCACACACUACAACCUGCUUCGAGAUUAUUUACGAUCAAUGAUUCCUGAUGGAAUGUCAAGGAUUUGGGUUCGUACGGGAAUGACUUACGAGAACGGUCAGCUGUAUUCAACGACGGACCAAGCUAUGUCUCUGCCAACUGAGGUUUGGUAUCCUGAUUAUCCGAAGAUCUAUGCAUCGUCCACAACUGUUGUUGUUUUUGUCACUCGUGACCAGGAAGACAAAUAUCAAGGGAUUUAUAAUGCCUCUCCUAAUGCAUAUUACGGAGCCAUCUGUGAAAAUGAUUUGUAA